AUGAGUAGACGUAAAAGUUCAAUUAGUUCUUAAAAAGAUCAGAAGAAAGAUAAAAAAUAAGAUCAAGAAACUUAAGAAAUGGCAAUAAAAAAAAAAGUGAAAAUUGAGAAAAGAGUAGUAAUUAAAGUUCCAUUUGCUGAUAUUCUCUCAUCAGAUGACGAUUAAAAUGAAAUUAGUUAAAUACUAUAUGGAAUUAGAUCUAAAUUCAUUAAGGAUGUUCCUAAUCUUGACUCUCCAAUUCUAGUAGGAAGAAGUGAAACAAAAGAAGAUUCACAAUUAUUCUGA